UUAAUUUACAAAUAAAUAUUUAGUUAAUUUGCAGUGCUUAAACUAUGAAGUUGAAUUUUUUUGCAAUAAUUUUAAGUUCGAUAAAUAUCGCCUAUAGUCAAAAUAACUAUGAAUUUGAAUUCAUAAACGAAGGAAUUUUUUCACCCUGCGAAAAUUAUCCAAAUAAUUAUCUUGAUCAACUCUUUGAUGUUACUAAUUUAGAUAUCGCACAAACUGAGGACGGAAGUUUGAUCCUUAAUGGUUAUAUCACUUUAAAAACUACAGUGGAGAAGCCAUUACCGGUAUCUUUUGAAUUAUUCAAAUUUGAACGGGGUAAAUGGCAACCUACAGUUUACUCUAUGAAGCGUGGUGAUGCAUGUACUUCCUUUUUUAACAAAGCAGAAGUAUGGUUUCCCUAUUUAGAAAAUACCCCAGCGGAAGAAUUAAAAUGUCCAUUUACUGCAGGUCAAAGAAUAGACUUUGAUAUCAAAAAACCAACUUAUGUGUCACUGCCAAUACGUAAUGGCGAAGGAGAAUACAAAAUCCAUGGUAAAGCUGGAUCUGAAAAUGAUGAUUUAUUUUUUUGUGUCGAUGUUUUUGCAAUGCUUCAUAAAGUGUAAUUAAUAUAAAACAUUAAUAAAUAUUGUACAUUAAAGAAAAACUAUAA